AUGCCAGCUCAGGUGUGGUGCCAUCGCAUGGUGAAUGUAUUUGAGGUGGCGACAUAUCUAGGGAACAAUCUGAAGAAUGCAUGGGUCUCCUAUAUCAAAAGUCUCACCCAUUUCUACAGGCCAUCUGGCAGUGGUGCUACCUUCCGUGCACUCAAGAACGUCCGUCUGGAGCACUGCCCGAGGUUGGAGGGCUUCAUGCCAAGAGACUGUGAGCUGCCAAGCCUCGUGACGCUUGACAUCCUCUUCUGCUACAACCUGAAGGCAAUAUUUUACAACAAUGGCCAUCAUUCUUCUCCUCGUCACUACCAGCUCCCUUGCCUCCAAAAGAUACGCCUCCACGAGUUGCCACUGCUGGAGCAUCUCUACGUCGGCGACGCCAUCCUCACCGCGCCCAAGUGGGAGGAGUUCCAGGUCCGUGGGUGCUGGAGCUUGCGUCGUCUCCCUCGCCUCCACCAACAACCAGACAAGGCCGUGAAGCCAUGGCUGUCAUAUCUCAGUAUCCGUGCAGCAAAUUUUAACUCCUUUCUUCUAAAAACAGGCCAUACAUAUGACAUGCGCACAAAUGAUGGCAUGGCAAAAACUUAUAUGACCAAAUUAGCAAUUCCUGUAAUUGACAAUGUAUUGGAUAUGACAAUGGUUGUGAUUCUGUAUGGUUUUGUGGAUGUCAGGUUUAACUGCAUUUAG